UCUGGAAUUUCCAUUUCGUAAAGCUCUCCGUAUACAUUUAUCAAAUACUCUCUUGGAUGGGGAAAUGAUUAUUGACAGAGUUAAUGGACAGACCGUUCCUAGAUAUUUGAUAUAUGACAUAAUUAAAUUCAAUGCACAGCCAGUUGGAGAUUGUGAUUUUAAUAUUCGUCUGCAGUGUAUAGAAAGAGAAAUAAUAAGCCCUCGACAUGAAAAAAUGAAGACUGGGCUCAUUGACAAAACACAGGAACCGUUUAGUGUCAGAAAUAAGCCAUUUUUUGACAUCUAUACGUCAAGAAAGGUAAAAUUUUCUAAUUAGUACUUACAGCGUGUCAUAAUUCAGCUUAUAAGAGGAAUAUGAAUGACAUUUUACUGCCCAGUUGUCUUGAUUUUUUUCAGAAAUUAUUUUAAUUGAAUAUAACACUAU